UCCAAAUCCCUUUCUUUGAUGAUGCACUGCAAUGUCCUUUCUCCAUUUUUUAAUUCCUUCCACAGCUGCUGAUAUCACUAUAUAACUCCAUAACCGAAGCUUCAUGUCCGGACAACCAUGGCCAGCCUCUUCCGGAAAGUCUGGGAAUCUGUUUCUGGCAGUUCGCUUCCGAGUCCCGGGUCCAAAGGUUACCGGAGCGAUGGAUUUAGACAGCAGAUGUGUGUGAUGCCGGCGUCAUCGUCGGCGGGGGAGUUCGAUCGGAUUCCGACCGAUAUAUUCAUUGUGAUCUUAAAGCUCCUCGGCCCCAAGGAGGCUGCGAAGCUCGCCGCCGUCUGUAAGCUGUGGAGAUUCGUCGUUUCAGAUAACCGGCUCUGGGUUCACUUCCUCCAGAACCAGCAGGAGCCUUGGGAUUCUAUAUUCUUCGCUGAAACUCACUUGCGAUCUGGUCAUCCUCUUCGGGCAUUUGCUAAUCCGGUUGCUGAACUUUCAUUCAUGCAUAUUUAUGGCCAACGUGCCAAGGUUCCUGGAACUAUGAUUAUUGAUGGUGGUUCUGGCUAUUGUAAAUAUGGAUGGAGUAAAUAUACUCGUCCAUCGGGGAGAUCAGCCACAUUUUUAGAGUUUGGUAACAUUGAAUCUCCAAUGUAUUCUAGGCUGAGGCAUUUCUUCACAACGAUAUAUAGCAGGAUGCAGGUGAAAACGUCAACACAACCGAUUAUUGUGUCCCUUCCAAUAUGCCAUUGUGAUGACGUCGAAUCUGACAAAUUAUCUCGGAAGCAGCUAAAUGAAGCUAUCCUUUCGGCAUUAUUUGACAUGCAUGUUCCUGCUGUUUGUGCCAUUAACCAGGUUUUUAUGUCGUUAAAUUAUUUUUCUGCUGUUUUUUUCGAUUAACGAUGGCUGUAAGCUUCAUGUGCCCUUGUAAAUUGGGGGUAAAGAUUGUGAACGAUGUUAUUAUAUUUGUUGAGUUGAACCUUUUGGCCUGAUUUUUUAAUUAAAAAAAGAGAUGUAUCGAUCAUGAUCUUCUAUUUGAUAGUAAAACAGCAUAAUGCAUUUUCUUGCUGCACAAUUUUAAGGGGUGUCUUGAUGAUGUAAUACCAUAGCUUAGUUUUUAGCAGUAAAAAAGCAGUAACCAUAUGUGACAUAUUUUAGAAAACUAGCCAGUUCACCCUUUAUGGGAAAGGAAAUCUAACAUAACUAGAUAUUAUCACUGAAAAUAAUGAGAACCGAAAUCU